UGAACCUGCUGAGAUGGUUAGCUGUAUUAGACUCUGUGUUUCUGAUAAUGUGUGUGACCAACUUCUCUAUUCGUCAUAUGUCCCACACAUUCGAGAGUACAAUUUAUAUUCAUCUUGCACCCUUCUCCUUUCCUCUCCUUUACAUAUUCUAUACAGCAAGUAUGUACUGUGUACUGGGUAUCGCGAUGGAACGAUUUUUGUCAAUCGCUAAGAACAAAUGCACGAAUCAGGGCGCCUUUUUUGGAUACAUUCUGCCUAUUCUUGUAUUCUGUAGUAUUUACAAUAUUCCAAGAUUUUUCGAGCUUCGACUUGUGGAGGAGAACGGUGUAUCCAGACUGGCCCCUACAAGUAUGAUGAGAUCUGACCAGUACAGAUGUUUCCUGAUCUCAGCCAACCUUUUUCUCACAGGGGUUGGCCCAAUUCUAUGUAUGUGUGUUCUAAACUGUUUGGUUUCCAGAAGAUUGAAGGGAAAAGGUUCCCAGGUCACAUCCAGGGAUAAAUCUGCUAGUUUUCUUAUCUCUGGUCUGGUUCUUGUAAUGGUGAUUUGUCAUGCUCCCAGAAACCUUCUCAAUAUAUACGAACUUAUACUGAAAGUGUAUCCCAAACUCUCUCCUCCUGCACGGUGGAUGAGUGACGUAAAUCAUAUCUUUCUUGUUCUGUCUUCCUCGUGUAAUCUUCUAAUCUUCCUUACUCAGGAUAAUGUAUUCCGUAGUCUGCUGCUUCAUAAGCUUGGAAUAUAUUUAUAUGACAGAGUUCCUGCAGUUGAAAACACAACGAAGGAACUCACCAAAAUUGAUCCAGAGUGUGCCCUAGAAGCGGAACUAAAAUCAAAACUCAAUCUCCUGAAAAUAAAUUCCACAGCAGAAUAAAUAUAUUCCACAGCUGAAUAAAUAUAUUCCACAGCUGAAUAAAUAGAUUCCACAGAAGAAUGAAUAUAUUCCACAGCAGAAUGAAUAUAUUCCACAGCAGAAUAAAUAUAUUCCACUGUAGAAUAAAUAGAUUCCACAGUAGGAUAAACAUAUUCCACAGAAGAAUAAAUAUAUUCUUCAGCAGAAUAAAUAUAUUCUUCAGCAGAAUGAAUAUAUUCCACAGCAGAAUAAGCAUAUUCCUCAGAAAAAUAAACAUAUUCCACAGCAGAAUAAGCAUAUUCCACAGCAGAAUAAACAUCUUCCACAGCAGAAUAAACAUAUUCCACAGCAAAACAAGCAUAUUUCACAACAGAAUAAACAUAUUCCACCGCAGAAUAAAUAUAUUCCACUCCACAGCAGAAUAAAUAUAUUCCACAGCAUUAUAAACAUAUUCCACAGCAGAAUGCACAUAUUCCACAGCAGAAAAAACAUAUUCCACAGCAGAAUAAAUAUAUUCCACAGAAAAAUAAACGUGUUAAGAAACUUUAAAUAGAAGAUUCAGAAAAGAUGGCAUCAAUUAUCAAUAUUCUCUGAUACAGAUUCAAACAGCAUUUUUAUACCAGUUCGGAUCCUGUACAAAUUGGAUUGCUGUAAACGCAUUAAAGACAAUGCACAAAAGUUACUAAAACAAGAUUUCUACAUUUUUAAGUAUUUUUUUACUUUAAUAGUCUGUAUUGUCGUAAGAACUGUUUAACUCCAAACUUCUCUUAUGAAGAUAUAGAUUUUUUUAUUAUUUCAACUGUAAAUACUUAUUUUUGUUUAAUAUGUAUAUAUAAAGCAGGGGUUUAAAAUGAUAAAUUAUGAAAAUUCCACCCUCCGGCCUUUACUUAAUUCAUGUAACCCAAUAUUUAGUUUUUUUUCCCUCAAAAUCCAUUACUUUUCCAAAUUGCAUCAAAUAAAAGCCUGAACAUUUAAAUAACAAAGUUGAAAUCGGGGGGAAAACAGUUUUCAAGGGGGGGGGGUUAACACUUUUAUUUACCUCUGCUUAAUAAUGUUUUAGUGUGUUCAAUAUUUAUAUUACCAUUUAGCCAAAGUACAAGUCAUAAGUCAAUGCAUUUCUCAUUAAUCAGGUGAAUCAAAAGUAUUUAAAUUCAACUUUAUGCUUGAAAAAUUCUUUUGAAUCAUCGUAUUUUAUAUAUGAUAAUAGAAUACAAUAAUUUUGU